AUGAAGCUCACUGAUCCCACCGUCAGAACUUUUAAACCCGUUAAAUACUUCAAAGAGAACUUUGAUCGUAUAAACUCCUUGAGCUACUCAAGUAAUGGAGAAACACUCAUUUCCAGUAGCGAUGAUGACCAAAUGGUUAUGUAUGAUUGCACUAUAUUUAGGCCAAAGCGAACGCUAAAUAGCAAGAAGUAUGGGGUUAAUUUGAUUCAGUUCACUCACAGCCCGACGACGGCGAUUCAUGCAUCCACUAAAAUUGACGACACUAUUCGGUAUCUUUCUUUGCACGAUAAUAAAUACAUACGUUACUUUCAAAGUCACACGAAAAAAGUUGUAUCAUUAUGCAUGUCACCUAUUGACGAUACCUUUCUCUCGGGAGCCAUGGACUGCACUAUCCGCCUUUGGGAUUUACGUUCCCCAAAUUGUCACGGAGUGAUGCAUGUCUCUGGGCGUCCUUGUGCUGCCUUCGAUCCUGAGGGUUUAAUUUUUGCCGCUGGUAUCAACUCUGAGUCGGUCAAGUUGUACGAUCUACGGUCAUUCGACAAAGGACCUUUUGCUACCUUCAAACUCGGUACAGAAGCGAGUGGGUGUGUUUGGACAGGGCUUCAGUUUUCCGCCGAUGGAAAGACAUUGUUAAUCGCCACAAACGGAAAUCACAUUCGUCUUGUUGAUGCAUUCAAAGGUACUCACUUGCAUACGUUAACGCUACUCACGAAUGCUGAACGUCAAGCCCUAGAUGCAACAUUUACGCCGGAUAGUCAAUUUGUACUAGUCGGAUCGCCAGACGGGGUGGUCCAUAUUUGGUCAGUUGAGACCGGCAUCCCCGCCACACAGCUCCCAAAUCCGGCUAUUCACACCUUGGCAUUCAAUCCCCGCUAUGCAAUGCUUGCUACUGGCUCAAACCAAACUGCUUUUUGGGAAUUCUCAUAUUCUGAUGGCAAAGGAAUAGCGCAAUCAUCCCUUUUGAAUUUUCUGAAGCAUGAACUUGAAUAG